AAGCGACGUAUUUGCUGAUGUAAACACCAUUGUCAUGAAGUGAAUGGGGGAGAUUUUCCUCGGAGAGUAUUUUCCUCGCCCGUUUGUCCUCCGGUGGUUCAAGAGGCGAAAAUGAACGAGGCGGAGAAAGACCCUAUAGCCCUGCACGUCAUUGUGGUGGGAUUCCAUCACAAAAAGGGAAUGCAGGUGGAGUAUGCAUACCCGCCACUAACACAAGGUGAUGAUGGAUGCGAAUUGCCCGAGCUCUGGCGCCACCUGCCCUCUCUCUGCCUGCCAGAUGGGGCACACAACCAUGAAGCUGAUACUAUCUUCUUCCACUUGCCCCACCUGACCAAGCCUGAUCAGACGGUGUUUGGGGUUUCUUGCUACCGACAGAUCGAUGCGGAGAAAGUAACAAACAAGACGGCAGAUAUCACCCGCAACACUGUGCAGAAGUCUGUGUGUGUUUUGAGCACACUGCCCAUAUAUGGAUACAUUCAGGAACGACUGCAAGGCACAACAAAGGUGUACUUCAAGGGAGCCGACUUCUCAGAUGUUCAGGACCUUCAGGGUCUCUAUCACGACCUCAACACAACCAACUGGAGGGACAAAUUGGAUCACGGGGUGUUCGUGUCAGAUGCGGUAAGAAUCUUUGGCCGCAACAUCCUGGUCCUGUUUAAGCUGAUCCUGCUGGAGCGUCGCGUGCUCUUCUACCACAGCCCUGUCGGCCCCCUAGUGCGCACUAUCACCUCCCUGCUGGCCCUCUUCCCUGAGAACUUCCCGAACGGCUUGGCUCAUGCAGCUUCCCUCAAGUCGCGAGGGCUGCUUGGCCUUGCCACCCUGCAACCCAGUCCCAAUGAAGCUGAUUAUAUGGAAGUGUGUUAUGCGGAGGACGCCCUGGCUGCUCGGGUCUCCAGCAACGAGGCGGAACCAGGAGAGCCCGAAUUCGGUGGGGACGCCCUGGACAAUGCGUCGGCACACAGCGGAGAGGUGUGCAUGCAAGUUGCAGAGAUGGCAGCGGAGGCCGAGUCCCUUGGGGAGAAGAAGGGCAGCAACAGAAACUUGGAGAAGAUGGAGGUGUCUGAUUUGGAAGACGGAACUGAACCCACCAAGAUCAUUAACGUCACCAACGAAGAAAGUCUGAACCUCAUGGGGUCCCCGCCAGAUGCUGUUGCAUCACCCUCAGACGACCUGAGUGAGAGACGGAGCAGCAACUCGAGUCUCACGUCAGUUACCUCCCGUGGCUCCAUCAUGUCACCCCCAGAGUUCAAUGGGGGAGCAGGAGGUACCUCGGCAGCAAACCUUACCAGCAAGAUGGUAUCGCUAAAGGGCCGACUGAGCGGGGUCUUCAACUACUGGACUGGGAGGGAGAAGUCGCCCACACAGGAAAAGCCUUCCUCAACAGCAACCCCAAACCCCUCACCAAGUGAGCCAGGUGACGACGUACCUGUCUCGCCAACGUCUGGGGUGUCGCUGGGUCAGGAGCAGUUCCCCUCGGAGCCAGAAGUCCCCCCUAUGCCCCAACAAACGCCUCCAGAGAAAUUCGCCUCUCUCAUAUCCUCCGACUGCGGCUUGCCGUUGGAGAUAUUCACAAAGGGCAACUUGCUUCACCCUUACCUUUCCCUUCAAUAUCUAGAUGUGCUGACUGCCCCAACCUCCAGAGCUUUUCUAGUGGGAGCUUCAAAUGCUCUCUUUGUGCACAAGAAGCAUUUGUAUGAUGUGCUAGUACAGCUUGAUGAGGGCAAGAUAGAAAUUCCAGAUCCAGAGCUGAAACGCCAGUUAAGCCUUUCCACAGAAGAUUUGCGCUUUGCUGAAAAUAUUGUUCGCCAGGUUGAAGCUGUGAGUGCUACCCUGAACACGAAGUCUCCCAACGACAUCUCUCCAAUCAGCAACCAUCCCGAUGUGUUCUUGGAGGGAGUUGGCUGGGUAGGGGGAGAAGAGUGGCUACGCUACCAGUUCAAGGUUUAUCUCCUGUCACUCCUGAGGUCAUCUGUGUGCAGUGAGGGUUCUCGUGAGCAUGAGGUCUUCAACAGCAGCUUUGUUACCUCUUGGAAAAGGAGUCAUAACUACAGGGUGUGGAUUGCAUCUGGCACAUACCCAACACUGAUGGAGUUGAUGCCCGGGCACCCUCAUGCCGGAAACCUCUCUAUGACUGACAUGAGAAUUAGACUGUCACACACAAUCCAGGGCCUGGACAAAGCAAGACGGAUAAACCAGACUCUUGCUACAACAGGCACAGCAGUUGUAAAAACCCGGGAGGCUGUUGGAGGAGCUCUGACAUCAGCUAAAGGUGCCAUCACAAACCUGUGGUCAUCAUUCACAGCCAACAACAACAAUGCUGGCUCUGGUGACGAGUCGUUCACAGAUGCUGCCAUUGAAGCUAUAGAGUCCCAGGCCAAUGCAGAGAAGCCCAAGGAGGGGGACACAGCAGAAACCGCACUAGAAGCAGUAGAGGGCAGCACUUCAAUUGUGAAUGCUGAUGAAGAAAUAAGAAACAAACACAGCAUGACUGGGACACUGUCAACUGUGACCAAUUAAUUGUUAUUUGCACAAGAUUAUCAUUAUUUUGUUCACAUUUCAAGGGCUUCGUGUUUGUCAGUCAAUUUAGAUUCAGUUAGAGACCAUGUGAAGAGAAUUUUAUAUAUAUUCAGCAUAUUGAAGUAUUAUUAUUAUAAUAGAUUAUUUAUUGAUAUGGUAUUAUAUUUGUAUUUUCUGGUAAGAGAAUCUGUGUCAUUAUGUGGAAAGUCAAUGUGAAGCACA